AAGAAAAGGCAGAGGAGGAAGAAGAAGAAGAGGAGGAGGAGGAGGAUGGCAGCGGCAGUGCUGCUGAAUGCAGACCGGUUCGAGGUCUCAGUCGACGGGCUGACACUGAGCCCCAAUGCCGAGGUGCCGCCCUGUGAGCCGGGGGAGCCCGCUGCGGGGCGGAGCCGAGCGGCCCCUGGUUCCCCGGGCCAGAGGGAGGCCCCGGCGGCGGAGGAGGAGGAGGCGGCGGCCGCCCUGAGUCCGGAGCGGCGCUGGGGCUUCGCGCUGGAGGAGCUCUACGGCCUGGCGCUCCGCUUCUUCAAAGAAAAAGAUGGCAAAGCCUUUCAUCCAACAUAUGAAGAAAAACUCAAACUUGUGGCACUGCACAAGCAGGUUCUGCUGGGGCCUUACAACCCUGACACUUGCCCUGAAGUUGGAUUCUUUGAUGUGCUGGGUAAUGAUAGAAGGAAGGAAUGGGCUGCCCUUGGAAACAUGUCAAAGCCAAAAGCUAUGACAGAAUUUGUUAAGCUUCUGAAUAGAUGCUGCCACUUGUUUUCAACAUAUGUGACUUCCCACAAGAUAGAGAAAGAAGAACAAGAAAAGAAAAGAAGAGAAGAGGAAGAACGGAGGCAGCGUGAGGAAGAGGAGCGUGAGCGUUUACAGAAAGAAGAAGAAAAACGUCGGCAAGAAGAAGAGGAAAGACUGAGAAGAGAAGAAGAAGAGAGGAGGAGAAUAGAGGAAGAACGACUUCGGAUGGAGCAACAGAAGCAACAGAUAAUGGCAGCACUGAACUCCCAAACUGCCAUUCAGUUCCAGCAGUAUGCAGCCCAGCAGUAUCCAGGCAACUAUGAACAGCAGCAAAUCCUAAUUCGGCAGCUCCAGGAACAGCAUUAUCAACAAUACAUGCAGCAGUUGUAUCAAGUCCAACUUGCACAGCAACAGGCAGCCUUACAAAAACAACAGGAGGUUACUGUGGCAGCAACAGGGACACCUCCGACUACUGCAUCAAAGGUGAACGUACCUGCCCCAGGGGACAACGUCUCCAUUAAUGGGCAGGCCAGUGCCCAUGCAGACAGCCCUGAAAAAGAGCUGGAUCCAGAAGCUUUGGAAGAAGCACUGGAGAAUGGACCAAAAGACUCUGCUCCAGUGAUAGCUGCCCCAUCAAUGUGGACACGACCCCAGAUAAAAGACUUCAAGGAAAAAAUCCGGCAGGAUGCAGACUCUGUGAUCACAGUGGGCCGAGGGGAAGUGGUUACAGUUAGAGUACCAACUCAUGAAGAGGGGUCUUACCUCUUUUGGGAAUUUGCUACAGACAAUUAUGACAUUGGGUUUGGGGUGUAUUUUGAAUGGACAGACUCCCCUAAUACUGCAGUCAGUGUGCAUGUCAGCGAAUCUAGUGAUGAUGAGGAUGAAGAAGAAGAAAAUACUACCAGUGAAGAAAAAGUCAAAAAGAAUGCCAGCAAGUCUCAGCUAGAUGAAAUAGUGCCUGUGUACAGACGAGACUGUCAUGAAGAAGUAUAUGCUGGCAGCCACCAGUACCCAGGGAGAGGAGUUUAUCUUCUUAAAUUUGACAACUCCUACUCUCUAUGGAGGUCAAAAACAGUUUACUACAGAGUUUAUUAUACUAGAUAAAGGUGUGCCUGUGUCUGGGGCUGGGCUGUGCAGAUGAUGUAAUUUUAUUUGGAAUUUUCUUCAAGUACAAUGGAUCCUUUUAAGUCUGUGUUCUAUCGUGUCUGUGUCUGUAUGGCUUUUGUGAACUUUAUCAAGUAGACACUGGGAUCUUCCUGCUCCAUGACACUGAUGCAUAUUGCAUUGGGCUUAAAACAGGAUCUCUCUAGCCCUCUUACAUAUUGGAGUUAACCAUUGGAAGUCAUUAGCUCCAGUGCUAAGGUCACAUCAGCUGUAUUUGUUAAAGCUUCAUGAAAAGGGGAGCUACUGGCUCACAGGCUGGGUAAUCUGAUGUUUUAAGGUCUGGAUGUUUUGAAUAACUUGUUGAUGGUUAACUUAAAGGUCCCAUCGAUAAGUGGUAGAUUUGGAUGCAGUUUGCUGUGUAGCAGAUUUCUCUUAGUUAUAAUUGAGACUUUUGCGCCAUUAAAACUUUAGGUUGAUGCAGUUUAGAAACAAGUUGUCUGGCUUCUGUCCUCAUCAAAGGAUAAACAUUAAGUUCAUUUAACCACUGUAAAGGCUAAGGCAAAGAUGAACAGCAUCCUAAAAGUACAGCAGAUAACCUCUUUGAAGAUGUAAACUGAUGAUGAAAAGUGUAUUUAACAAGAACAAUGAUUGCUGCUCUACUGUUAACCAUGGAAUAAAAAAGGUAAUUUUUUAAGCAAUUGACUUUGAACCAUAAGGUAUUUUUAUGUCUGGGUUUUUAAUGGGGCAGACUUUAAAAAAUAAAAAAACCAAAAACCAACGAUCAGUCAAAAACCAAACUGAAACUAGUUUUCUGCACAACAUUUUGGUUUGUUUUUGUAAAACCUGAAUAAGCAAGUUGUACAUCUGAAGAACAGUAAGUCACUUUGACGAAGUACGGGAGUUAAUGUUGCAUUAAUGAUGGAAAUCACUGCCAGUCUGUAUUAGUCUGAACUGGUCAUACUUUGGUGCAAACUUUCUGCUUUCAUCUGUAACUGCAGAAAGGCAGAGUGCAUGUACAGAUACUUAAUGCAGCUUUGAUCUCGGUUCCACAUGGCUUAGUUUGGACACUCCAUAUUUUGUGUAGUGGAAAAAUGCAGGUGAUGCUUGACUUGAAACCACAGUAAGAAUCUGCUGUCCUUGGAGCCCUGCACCACAGGGGUGAUGUGUUGCAAUGACAACUUGUGUAAGUGCUCUCUGCAUGGGUAAUGCACUUCGUUACUCAAAGAAGAAAAUGGUUGCUUUGGGUCUGUCAGACCCAGCUCUUGCAGUAAGACUUCCACUGAUUAGCUGCAGCAUGUACCAUGGCACAUGGUAUUGAGUUUGUGAGAUUUGUUUGAAUAAUCCCAUUUGUAUAUACAAUAUACUUUACUUUUGUCAUACCACCCAUGGAGGUAACUUCUAGAGUGUUUAACUUGUCAUUUUGAAUUUGGUUCUGCAACACCAUACCAGCUAAUAGCCAGUGAGUGCUGCUUUAUCCAAAAAUACUGUACAAUGUACUGCUCUUGUGUACAUACAGUGUAUAGACCAUGACUAUAGAAAGAAUCUUGCUUUUAAA